AUGUCUGCUCCAAACCCUAAGGCUUUCCCAUUGGCUGACUCCAGUUUAUCUCAACAAAUCUUAGAUGUUGUUCAACAAGCUCAAGGUUUGAGACAAUUGAAGAAAGGUGCUAACGAAGCCACCAAGACUUUGAACAGAGGUAUCUCUGAAUUCAUUAUUAUGGCUGCUGACACUGAACCAAUUGAAAUCUUGUUACACUUGCCAUUGUUGUGUGAAGAUAAGAAUGUUCCUUAUGUUUUCGUCCCAUCCAAGGCUGCUUUAGGUAGAGCUUGUGGUGUUUCCAGACCAGUCAUUGCUGCUUCUGUCACCACCAACGAUGCUUCUACUAUCAAGAACCAAGUUUACGCUAUUAAGGAUAAGAUUGAAACCUUAUUGAUUUAA